AGCCUGAUGAGGCAAUUAAUGCAAUGACGAAAGCAAACAAUAAGUAGAAAAAAAUCAAUAAAGGAAAGUUGCUGAUUUAAAGAGAAGAAACCACUUGGAGCAGUCAGAAGGAGCCUGCUAUAUCCCAGGGGUGCCAGCACGGAGACAUCAUACAUCACAGUUAUAAUGGCAUCAGCAAAUAAAGGUACACAAGUUACACAUGCAGACCAUUCUGUGGACCUUGAGGACCCCAGGGAGAAUUACGAAUAUUCAUGGCUUCAUCGUCACUGUACGUCACCCCCAAUUCAUCAUCGACGGGCACAAAAAACAGGGCGACUGUUCUCAGGCCUCAUUGCUUUGAAUCUCAUGUUCAUGGGGGCGGCUCUAGUUAGCAGUGUGAUACUGAGUAGCGGGGCUGUGCCAGAAAGAGACGCACAAAUCUUCCUCACUGUCUUCAUGAUUUUCAGCUCAGUCUGGGCUCUCUAUCACCUGCUGUAUGUUCGUAAGAAGAAAUACGCUGUAAUUCUCAGAGACCACCAUACCGGAGCGCUAUGGCUAAAAGCCUCUCUUGCUCUUUUUGGGCUGUGCAGCGUUCUGCUGUCCACCUUUAAGAUUGGCCACAUUGUGCUCCUGCUGCACUGCAAGUUCCCAAUGGAUAUCAUCUUCUCCUUCAUUGAGAUACUGUUUGUCAGCAUACAGACCAUUCUCUUGUGGGUUUGCUGCAAGGAUUGCGUUCAGGUGCAGCACAAUAUUACCAGGUACGGCAUCAUGUUGACAUUGACCACAAAUAUGCUGCUGUGGCUUACAGCUGUAAUUGAUGACUCUCUGGAACGAGAUCUGGAAAGUUUACAGUCAAAUGCAACACAAGCUAUAAAGAACACAGAAGAAAAUGCACACUGUCUAUGCCCAACUUUCUCCAUAUGCUGGACCUUUAAGAAAGGAUUUGUGACUUUGUACCCCUUCAAUCUUGAGUACAGCCUGAUCUGUGCAUCAAUGCUCUUUGUCAUGUGGAAGAAUGUUGGAAGGAAAGAAGAGCCACAAGCUAAACCUCCACAUCCGAGGUUCCAUCUCCGUGGAGUGGUAUAUGGCCCUUUAUUGGGAGGGGCUGCUCUUCUGGUUGGGAUCAUCAUUUUUGUCCAGUAUCAGGUCCAAGCAUCUACUGGGUUGGUGCCUUCUCUAUCAUUCCAAGUUUACUAUGGCUACAAUUUGACUAUCUUGCCAGCCAUGAUAAUUUGCAGUGUGGUGGGUAUCCUUGUCUACAGCCUUAGAGAGAAGGACAAGAGGAGUCAUGGGAAUGAUGGAAAAGAUGAUGGAAAGACAGACAAAAGAAGGGAUGGGAAGUGUGAACUAAAGGUUCAGGAAAAAGGAGAACACUUCCAGAAUCACAGUGCAAUCAUUGAGGAAAACAGUAAAGAAGAAGACUUACAUACUGAGGAACCUGUAGUGUGUGAUCAGCACUGGCAUAAACUGGAUGACAUGGGAUGGCAAAACCAUAAAAAUGACAGUAUUCAAGUGCAUUGUCAAGAGACCGAACACAACCCAGGGCAACAGAAUAAUAAUCAGUGCAGCCAGGGGAAAAAUGAAAAUAAUGACUAUAACCAUGUAGAAAUUUACCAUAUAGAGCUGGGUUUGGGGCAGGGGGAGCAAACAGACAAUGACCUUCAAUGGAAAAAAUCAGAACACAUAGUGGUAGACUGGGCAGAACUUGGUCAAUGUAAAGAAGAAUUAAAACACAGUGACGGGCAUAUGGUGGAACACAGUGGGGAGCACACGGCUCAUAUGUAUGUCCAGAGGCGGGCAGCACAAGCGCACAGUUUACCAGGAGACAUCUCAAAAUUUCACAAAACCCACAAUGGCAGGACUUCAAAGAAUUAUGCCCGUAGCUUGGAUGUUACUCUGCUACUAGCAUCAGCAGUGGGUCAGUUUUGCAUCUCUUAUUUCUCUAUAAUAGCCAUACUAGUCACCAAUCCAAGGGACAUGCUAAAUGCCCUCAGCUUAUCACAGUCACUCCUUAUGGUCCUCCAGUGUUUGUUUCAGACAAUGUUCAUCAUUGAAGGGAUACAGGGCAGACAGGAGGAAGAAAAACAGAUUCCACAACAACAACCUCAAGAACACCCUCGUCGCAUGUCUCUGCAAGAAAUCCGCAGGGCGUCCCUUGCCUACCUGCAGGAUGCUGGGCGUCUGAGCGUAAGCCGUAGGCUGGUGAAGGAGACUGCAAUGUUCCUGAUUCUCUGUAAUAUAAUGUGUUGGAUCAUGGGAGCCUUCGGAGCACAUCCUUUGUAUAUGAAUGGCUUGGAGAGGCAAUUUUAUGGAUCCACCAUAUGGUUAGCCAUCCUAAAUAUUGGACUGCCGCUGUCUGUCUUCUAUAGAAUGCACAGUGUGGGAAGUUUAAUGGAAGUCUAUAUCAAUGCAUGAGACUACGUCACUUUCUUACCCCCUGUCCUCUGAAAUACAUCUGGUGCUGGAUUUGUAAAUAUAAAUAUUAUGACUGUGA